CCCGACGCUGGGGCGGCUCUCACGCUUGGCCGGCGCCGCACAAGCGCCCCAUUAAAACGCCGCCAGCUGGCCCACCGCGGGGAGACGCGUCCGGCUGUCCGGCUCCGCUUCCUCCCGCCUGGCGUCCAGGGCACCCGGCCGAGCGCGUGUGGAUGGCGUGGCGUGGAGGCUCAAACUUGAGCAAACAAAUAUGUUCAGGGAACGCCUCCCUCUCUCCGAUGUAAACUCGGGGCUACAAUCAGACCCAUUCCCCCUUCCCAGAAAAGCCCCGGAAAGGCGGUAGGGAGAGGAGCAGCAUAGGAGAGUAGGGGACUGGAGCCAGGGUUCGGGGGACACCGUCCCAGUCCCGGAGGAACGGUCGCCGGCUGGGGGACGGGCCCCGCCCCGCCCCCCUCCCCGUGGAGGGCGGGGGCGCAUCUCUGGGCGCGAGGGAGUUAAGCCCAGUGGCCUCGAUGCUCCACGUAGGAGCUGGCUCGGCUGCCGGCUGCGGUCAGGGCCACCGUAUAAAGAGGGCGGCAGACCCGAGUGCCCAGGACUCGCCGCUGCCCGCGCCCUGCCGCUGCUGCUGCCCCCAGCCCCGGCCCCAGGCGCCCCGGCCAUGGUCCGCCCAACGCUCUUGCUCAGCCUCGGCCUUCUGGCCGGUCUGCUGCCGGCGCUGGCCGCCUGCCCCCAGAACUGCCACUGCCACGGCGACCUGCAGCACGUCAUCUGCGACAAGGUGGGGCUGCAGAAAAUCCCUAAGGUGUCAGAAAAGACCAAGCUGCUCAACCUACAGCGCAACAACUUCCCGGUGCUGGCUGCCAAUUCGUUUAGGGCCAUGCCGAACCUCGUGUCGCUGCACCUGCAGCAUUGCCAGAUCCGCGAGGUGGCCGCCGGUGCCUUCCGCGGCCUCAAGCAGCUCAUCUACCUGUACCUGUCCCAUAACGACAUCCGCGUGCUGCGCGCGGGCGCCUUCGACGACCUGACCGAGCUGACCUACCUCUACCUGGACCACAACAAGGUCACCGAGCUGCCCCGGGGGCUGCUCUCCCCGCUGGUCAACCUCUUCAUCUUGCAGCUCAACAACAACAAGAUCCGAGAGCUGCGCGCAGGCGCCUUCCAGGGCGCCAAGGACCUGCGCUGGCUCUACCUGUCUGAAAACGCGCUUAGCUCCCUGCAGCCUGGGGCCCUGGACGAUGUGGAGAACCUCGCCAAAUUCCACGUGGACAGGAAUCAACUGUCCAGCUACCCGUCCGCUGCCCUGAGCAAGCUACGGGUCGUGGAGGAACUGAAGCUGUCCCACAACCCACUGAAAAGCAUCCCUGACAAUGCCUUCCAGUCCUUCGGCAGAUACCUGGAGACCCUCUGGCUGGAUAACACCAACCUGGAGAAGUUCUCGGAUGGUGCCUUCCUGGGUGUGACCACGCUGAAACACGUCCAUUUGGAGAACAACCGCCUGAACCAGCUGCCCUCCAACUUCCCCUUCGACAGCCUGGAGACCCUCACGCUCACCAGCAACCCCUGGAAGUGUACCUGCCAGCUCCGGGGUCUUCGGCGGUGGCUGGAAGCCAAGGCCUCCCGCCCAGAUGCCACCUGUGCCUCUCCUGCCAAGUUCAAGGGUCAGCACAUCCGUGACACGGACGCCUUCCGCAACUGCAAGUUCCCCACUAAGAGGUCCAAGAAAGCUGGCCGCCAUUAAACAGGUGGGGCUGGGUAAACAGGUCCCCCACGUUCCUCUUUGGCAAUUCCAGCAAGUGAGCUGGUAUCUUCCAGGAUACUCCCUCCCCCUGGAGGAGCAGGCAGACCCUCCAUUUUUAGAGAGAGAGGAGGAGAGGACUGGGACCCCUUUUGAAGGGAGGAAAAGGUCCUGCCCAGGACCCCCACCAUUUCCUCCAAGCAUCAUCUGGGUUGUUGGAUGGAGUGAUGAGUCAAUCCUUACCUCCUUGCAGGUCCUGACCCAGCCAGUCCUGGUGACUGGCCUCUGCCUUCCACCGGAGAGACUACUGACCACCCACCUCCACUCCUACCUUCUCCGCACAGCCUCUGCUGAUGCACAGAGCUGCCCACACCUAGACACGUCCUGGCAGGGGGCCUCAGGCACUCCACUACCAACCCAGCUCCACUCAGCUGUGUCCUGGGGAGGAGGAAGGCUGAGCCCCUCCUCAACUUCAUGCCUUCCCCACCCUCCAGCUCCUCUCAGAGAAGCUGUUGCUGAGAGCCCCCAAGUCAAUAAGAACCAGAAUGGGUUGGUCAUCAGGAUGGCUACCCUUCCAGAAUCAUCCUUCCUCUGUUCCUCUUUCCCAGCCACAUGGAACAAUAAUCAGACCCUUGCCCUACCCCUUGCUUCCAGAAAGGGUUUUAAGCCCAUGCCCCAACUCCGCCAGCCCCCACCUGCCAGGACACUCUAGCAGGACAUUGGUGCUUUGCUGCCCAUCCGCCCAUGCUGCAAUUUCUUCCUCAGAUUUCUAUAAAUAUAAAUGUAUGUAUGUAUGAUA